CAAGUCAUUACUCUUCUAGACGUCAGACAUGAAAACACCGUGGUCGGUUUUACAUGUCCCAGGACUACUGAUGUCAACGUGUUUGGCUUGUACAUGGCGAAUUAAGUGAGAUCAGCGACGAGCGUUAACCAGCCUGCCGUCACAUCAGGCCGAUCCCGAGCGUGGUCCGCGUGGAGGAUGGGCAACGUGAUGCGAAGCAUGGGCAGCCGCCACAAAGACCACACAAGAGACCCCGGCGGCCCCCAGGAAGGGGCAGAGGACAACGUGGCGGUAGUACUCGCCGACUAUCCGCCUCCAGAAGUCAGCGAGCCCAUCUUCAAGAUGGGGGAGAAGCUCAGCAUCAUCUCGCAGGACGCCUACUUGUGGAAGGUGGGUUCCCUCCAGACAGGGAAGGAGAGCUACAUCCCCAAUAGCCUCGUGGCCAAAGUGUACCACGGCUGGCUGUUCGAGGGGGUGACGAGGUGUGAUGCUGAGAAGCUGCUUCUUCUACCCGGCAACAGGGUGGGCUCCUUUCUGGUGCGGGAGAACGCCACAGAGAGAGGUAAGUACGUGCUCUCGGUCAAGCACAACGCCAUCAAGCACUAUCGCAUCUCCAGGCUGGACAACAACUGGUACUACAUCUCGCCUCGCCUCACCUUCCAGUGCCUGGAGCACAUGAUCAACCACUACUCCGACACCGCGGACGGCAUGUGCUGCGUCUUGACCUCUCCGUGUUUGUCCAACCCGACGACUCCACCAGCAGGCGAGCCGCCAGUCGUCAUGAGGUGCCACUUUGACUGGAAUAAAAUAGACAGGAUGCAGCUGACCAGCACGGGCGACCACCACAACAACAUGGUGAGCUACGGCGUCAGGAAUAGCAUGGCCGACUACCUGUCCUUUUCCGGAUAUCACCAGGAAGCCCAACGCGUGAAGGGGGAAAACAGGAAGAGGAAGAGCAAAUCUGUUUACACAUUGCCCAAAAACGGCCUGGCCAACAUUGACUAUGAUGACCUCUAGAGUCCGAUGAAAAGACUUCUCCUACACUAGCUGCUGGUUUUAUACUUUAGCCUAAAGCCUGGUUUAAGCCACCAGUGUACGUUAGCCAGGCUUGCUUUAGCCCAGGGGUGGGCAAACCUUUUGACUCGCGGGCCGCAUUAAUUUAACAAAAUUGACGGGGGGGAUUAUGUAGUAUUUUACACGUAACAGUCCAUUUUUACACCUAUAUUUUUACAUAUAUUUUACAUGUAAAAGUGUCAUGCAAUCUGCUAUAUGUGCACUUUGAAAUCAUUUAUUUCAUGUAA